AGGUAGAGCCUGAGCCAGCCAGACAACCAGGCGAGCGCCCCGCUAAGCGUCGCUGUUUCUGGGAGUACCGGCGCUCUCGAGAGUUGGCCACCAAGAAGAAGCUGGGCAGCAAUGUCCACUGGUCCCUGUCCUGGAGCUCCAGCACCCUCCCCAGCACCCUGUACCGCCGAGAGGGUAAGAAAGGGCGCCGUAAAGCCCGCAAAACAGACGCCAGCGACCUGACACCCAACCCUCAGAAGCUCCAUAACAUCGGAGAGCAGCUGCAGAAGCUCAACGCUGCCAUUAAGGGGAUGGGUCCGGUCAACGACCUGCCGGCCGUAGCUCGAGCCCGAUCCCGCAAGGAGAAGAACAAGCUGGCCUCCAGGGCCUGCCGGCUGAAGAAGAAGGCUCAGCAUGAAGCCAACAAGAUCAAGCUGUGGGGGCUCAACCAGGAAUAUGAAAACCUUUUGGGGGCCUUGCUACGGAUUAAAGAGGUGAUCCGCCGGCGGGUGGAGAGCAGUGAGGAGGAAGAUGGAGACGAACGUGGGAUGACCCAACGUCUUGAAGACAUCCUUAAAGAGUCCAGCGGUCCCUUAGUCGCUGGGCGGACGAAAGACUUUGUGCAAAGGAUUCUGGAUGCCAGCGCGAGUGGUCAGAACCAGCGAAAGGAGGCGGUGCAGACCGGAUGUCAGACCACGGGUUAAAGCACCCGGCACCUGUUGGCUCUCCCAUCCCAGCACCACCUAUCUACCUGGCCAAGCUUUCUACACCUCAGCUGCUCUCCCGUCGUGCACAUCAGAGCGAGAGCGUGAGCGGAAGUCAGUGCGGGAGCAGGUUUCCGCCCUGCUCCUGGUUCCCUACCGUCGGCUCUCCUUCAGCAGCAGCCGUGUUCAGCACCCUGUCGCUGCAGGCUGCACCACAAACACCACCAGGCUAGAGCUGCUGCUGAUGUCUCUACUGUGUUCAGUCCGUGUGUGUGUGUCUGUGUGUGUGCGUGUGCGUAACAUACUGUAUGAGAGUGUAUAGUGCUCCUCCUCCCCUCUGUGCUGUAUUGUAUCCCAUCGUGCCUAUGAAUAGACAUUGCACUGUUUUGUAGAUGGUUGUAGUUGUUGGCAGGGGCCCGGUAGUGAGCCGAGGGCGAGGGGGCAUCUGAGGACAGAGGAAGUUUUAAAAACAAGAAAGAGGGAGGAGCCCGGUGUGGGAAAACAAAGAAGUAGAUGUGUUCUCUCCUUCCUCCAGGCUCCCAUGCAGUCGCUGCAUCGGGCGCCGUCCUGCGUGUUAAAACACGAGACCCGCCCGAUGAACGACUCACAGUAAACGGACACAAAGGCCCCUUUGUUAAAGAAGCCUAAACCCUCUCCCCCCCGUUUCUUUCUGAUCAUCUCCACCCAUCAAAAUGAAACCAAGGCGUAAAAACGAAAGUGAAAACGGCACCUUAGACCAAACUGACCAAAGACAAGUGAACUACUGUAACACUCCAAUAUCACCACCGCCUAUGUUAAAGAAAAAGAAACAAAAAAACCUUUGAUUGUUGUCAUGGUUGCUGUAACUACAGUAUCACCGUGCAGCUGAGGGGAAGCCUGAAACUCCACCAGUUUUUCUGCUUUGGCUUCAAUGUAUGGAGUUAAUUUUGUUCCAAUUUUUGUUGGAAGCAGAGAAAAUAUUUUGUAAAUUGAAAUUUGAAAGAAAAUUAAAAGCAGAAAUGAAAUCUUUGAAAAACGUUGGUUUUGAAAGUAAGUUUGCUGUCUCUCAGAUUUUUCUUUUCAAAUUUAUGUUUCAGAUU